UACAUUAUUUUUAUCAUUUGAUAGAUCUUUCUUUAAGCUAGAUGGUUCAUUUGUUUUCCAUACGCCUUACUAUCAUCAUGAAGAAAAUAUACUUAGCUGUUUUUGCUAGUAAUGUAGGUAUGAUUUCAUAUGGUUUAUUCUUUGGCUGGCCAUCACCUUCAUUGUCUCUUUUAAUGCAAAAUAAUAGUUCUAUACCUUUAACAUCACAACAAGCUACAUGGGUUACAUCCAUUCUUACCAUGGGUGCAGCUGUGGGUGCAGUAUUUUGUACUUAUAUUAUAAAUAUAAUUGGUAGAAAAUUGACUUUACUUUUCACUACGAUACCAAUGAUAAUAGGAUGGAUGAUGAUUGCUUUUGCAACGUCAGCAUGGGAAUUGAUUGUCGGUAGAUUUUUUUGUGGAAUAAGUAACGGAAUUGGACAUAUGUCUGCUACUAUGUACGUAGGUGAAAUUUCACCAGCUAAAAUAAGAGGAAUAUUAACUUCAUCGUUGAUCGUAGCUGUAAAAUUUGGUAUACUGAUUGAAUGGGUAAUAGGACCGUUUCUCUCUUUGAGAGAUCUCGCACUUGUGUCAUCAUCAAUACCAAUUCUCUUCUUGGUGAUUUCGAUAUCAUUACCGGAAUCUCCGUAUCAUUUAAUGCGUCAUGGGAAAUAUCAGGAGGGGAUUACAUCUCUUAUGCAUUUAAGAGGAACUAUGGAUGUUUCUAAAGAAGCUGAGAUCAUCGAGAAAUACAUAAAAAUUGAUCUGGCUAAUAAUACUGGAUUGUGGGAAUUGAUCAGCAUCUCAGGAAAUCGGAAAGCGUUAAUAGUUGUACUGGGUUUAAUCGCGAUUCAACAAUGGAGUGGCAGUAUGGCGAUACUUUCGUAUGCCGAAAUAAUUUUCAAUGAGACGAAAAACGGGUUAGAAGGCCUGACUAUGAUAUUGGGUGGUAUCCAAAUAAUAUGUGUGGCGAUCAGUACAUCUGUGGUGGAUCGGUACAAUAGAAGGACUUUACUCAUAUUUUCAGCAUCGGGCGUUUUCAUUUCCACUUUCGUUAUUGGUUUAUCUUUUUUCCUUCGGGAAAUGCAAUUAGACAUCAGUGGGAUCGUUUGGUUACCAGCUAUUGGAACGAUAUUUUACAUUAUCAUGUACGCCUUCGGCUUGGGCGCACUUCCAUUCACAAUGAUGAGCGAAGUUUUUCCUACGAAUGUUAAAGCGCUUGGCAAUACAAUUGGAAUGUUAUGCUGUUAUUUUUGUUCUACUAUCGUCACUUUCUUUUAUCAACUUAUUGCUAUUCAGUAUGGGACAUAUAUCGCAUUUUGGUUCUUUUCUUUCACCACUAUCGUGGGUAUCAUUUUUAUAUAUUAUUGCGUGCCCGAAACGAGGAGAAAAACAUUGCAAGAGAUACAAGAUCAAUUGCAUGGAUAUAAAUUAGUGGCAAUCGUCAAUAUGUCAAAUAUAAAACUUUAUUUGGUCACUUUUGUCGUGUGUUUAGCUCAACUCAACGGCGGUCUAUUUUUGGGAUGGACGUCCCCAAUGAUAAUCGAUGGUCUUCCCUUCGAAAUCACUACGAGCGAGGCUUCCUGGUUAAUGUCAAUGUUCAAAUUAGGAAUGUCAUUCGGAUGUCUCGUUUCGAUAUUCAUCGCUGACUUUAUAGGAAGAAAAAUUUCAAUAUUACUAGCCAUCAUUCCUACAUGCUUAAGUUGGUUAUUAAUAGUAUGGAAUUCAACAACAAUGAAUCUGUACAUCGCACGUUUCAUAGGCGGUGUAGCCAACGGUAUAAUUUUCACGAGUGGCUCUAUGUUCGUGACAGAGAUCUCUCCUACGAACAUUCGCGGUGCCUUGUGCAGUUGCUUCGUAUUAAUGGAUUAUUGCGGUAACCUUUUGGGCUAUGUAAUCGGCUCGCUUGGCACUGUGCAACAAUAUUCUUACGUGGCGUUGUCGUUGGCAUUGUUGCAAUUUGUGAUGUUUAUCUGGUUCCCGGAAACGCCUUAUUACUUGUUGCGGCAAAAGAAAUUCGAGGCAGCUAUGGAUUCUUUGAUAUUCUUACGUGAUUCGGCCGACAUCAGCGAGGAAAUGGAUUCGAUCAUGGUGUGGGAUGCUGGCAACAAAGGAACGUUAUCUUCCAUCUUCAAUCUAAUAUCUAAAUCAGGUGGGAAAAAGAUAAUCUUCAUCAGCAUUGGUGCAAUGAUGCUGCAAGCGUUCUCAGGCUCGAUCAUUCUUAUUGGCUAUCAAACGAUCUUCGAGAAUUAUAACGAAGAAUUGCAAGAAGUUUAUACGAGCAUCAUUUUAAUAACGAUGCAUCUGAUCUCAUCCUUGGUGUGUAUUAGUUUAGUGGAUCGUUUAGGGAGGAGACCUUUGAUGAUUACAUCCACAAUAGGCGUUUCCAGUUUCAGUUUUCUAUUGGCUAUUUACUUUUACGCGCAGGAAAACUCUAUAUACAGUAUGGAUCUACAAAUAUUACCUUUGAUAGCGAUAUUGUUUUACGUUGUGAGCAUCUCGUUGGGAUUGGCCAUUCUGCCUUACGUUAUCAUAAACGAAUUGUUUCCGAUAUACGCGAAAGUAACAUGUGUCAGUUUUUGCUUCUACGUAAACUUCAUGUGGUCGUUCAUUAUGUUGCGUGUCUGGAAUGUCGUCGUGUUACAAUAUAACGCAUAUUCUAUUGCAUUCUUGAGCAUCUCCGCGCUAAACGUGUUUAGUAUUUUUUACCUAGUGUUUUAUUUACCAGAGACGAAAAGGAAAACGUUUUUGCAAAUUAGAAAGAAUUUCAUCGAAGAGUGAUUAAGGAUAUAUUCGAAUUAAGUAUUUUUCAGUAGAUUUAUAAUUAGUUAUUAAUUGUUGCAAGCUGUAGAAAAUAACAGUACCACUGAUUUAAAAAACCACAUAAAUUAUUUUAUUGAAAAUGUUAGAACAGCCUUUCGAAUGUCCACGUAGGACUUCUAUAUAAACAGGUACCAACACGAUGAAAUUUACAAUAAUAUGUACAUUUAUAUCAAUAUUAGAGUAAGAAACGCACUUAUUUUUUUCAUUGUU